GUUAUUGUGUGGUUUUUGUGUGUGUCUCAUCUGCCAAUGUUCCUAUUGCAGAAUAAUUCAUCAGACGCCUUGGACCGUCACCAGUUUAGCAGAGCUUCUGUGCAAAUCCCUCCAGCUUCCACUCAUGGGACCAAAGGUCGCAGCAUAGAAUGGCCUCCGUUGGGAGUCCAGAAAGGAGAGAAUGGAGGAACAGAAGCCAAAAAUAAAAUGCUGCAGAUUCAGCACAGUUUCUUCACAGUCACCUCAUCCCCAUAUCCACAGGUUUUGCACUUCUAUGGCUAUGCGCACAGUCUCAUGAUCAAGGAGGAUCUGAUCCGAAAACCUUUACACCGAAAAGAGCAGACCGUCAAGAAACUCGAGGUAUGUCUAUGCAGAAGUAAGUGCAACUCAGCUCAAUGGGACUGACUCCCAGGUGUCCACCUUUCUUGGCGCAGGAUCUGAGAGCUUCCAGAACAUGCAGAAAAUGAUGUGCCCUUGGCCACUGUUUUUUAAGCCUCAAACCAGUAAGGACAAGUCCCGAGAAGAGAAAGAUAUUAACAACAACAUGGAAAAAGCAGCCAAGCAUGGCUGCAGUUUGGCCAAACAGGAUGGAACCCUACUAAAUGGCCUAAGCCAGAAACCGGAUGUGAUCAUACACACUGCGACGGCAAGAGACAACCUUCUCCCGAAUAGAAACAAGCAAAUCUCUGGGUGCCCACGGCAUUUAAAAAUUAAAAACUGGGAAAAUGGAACGGCGCUUCAGGAUGCAUUGCACCAUCAGGCAAAAGAGGUUCUUAGCUGCAGGUCCAGAGUUUGUCAAGGGUCUCUCAUGAACACCUCGGCUUUGGUCAGGGGUCCCCGAAACGAACCGGUCCCCGGAGAUGAAUUAUUGCUCCAAGCAACAGAGUUUAUUAAUCUGUUCUACAGUUCAUCUAAAGGGCUAGAAAUAGACCAUUUCGCACGUCUGGAAGCCGUGGCCAAAGAAAUAGAAACAACAGGAACCUACCAGCUGACAGGGGAGGAACUCAUCUUUGCUGCGAAGCAGGCCUGGAGAAAUGCUCCAAGGUGCAUUGGGAGGAUCCAGUGGUCCAAUUUACAGGUGUUUGAUGCUCGUAGCUGUGCCACUGCCAAGGAAAUGUUUGAGCACCUCUGCCGUCAUUUGGAGUACUCUUCCAAUGGAGGAAACAUCAGGUCAGCCAUCACUGUCUUUCCGCAGAGGACGGACGGGAAACACGACUUCCGAAUCUGGAAUAGCCAACUUAUUCGUUAUGCUGGCUACCAAAUGCCAGACGGUUCCAUUGUGGGAGAUCCAGCCAACGUGGAGCUCACCCAGCUCUGCAUCCAGCUUGGUUGGAAGCCCAAAUGUGGCCGCUUUGAUGUUCUUCCACUCAUCCUCCAGGCCAACGGCCAAGACCCGGAAUUAUUUGAACUGCCGCCGGAGCUCAUUCUCGAAGUGUCGAUGGAGCAUCCCACGUACGAAUGGUUUAAAGAAUUGGACCUGAAGUGGUAUGCAGUUCCGGCUGUCUCUAACAUGCUUCUUGAGGCUGGAGGGUUGGAGUUUACAGCUUGCCCUUUCAACGGCUGGUACAUGGGGACCGAAAUAGGGGUACGAGACUUCUGCGAUGCACAGCGCUACAAUAUCCUCCAGGAUGUGGGGAGAAGGAUGGGCCUGGAAACAAACAAACUCUCCUCGCUGUGGAAAGACAAAGCUGUAAUCGAAGUGAAUGUUGCUGUGCUGCAUAGCUUUCAGAAACAAAACGUCACCAUCAUGGACCACCAUUCUGCCACUGAAUCCUUCAUGAAGUACAUGCAGAAUGAGUACCGGAUUCGAGGGGGGUGUCCAGCCGACUGGGUUUGGCUGGUGCCUCCCAUUUCGGGCAGCAUCACGCCUGUUUUCCACCAAGAGAUGUUGAAUUAUAUCCUCUCUCCUUUCUAUUACUACCAGGUGGAUGCAUGGAAAACACACGUCUGGAAAGAUGAGAGGCGCAAGCCCAGGAAACGGGAGGUCAAGUUUUGCACUUGGGCCAAGGCUGUGAUGUUUACCUCGUCACUGAUGCGCAAAGCCAUGGCCCUCAGGAUCCAAGCGACCAUCCUCUAUGCCACCGAAACAGGGAAGUCGGAAACGCUGGCGCAUAAUCUGGGUGACCUGUUCAACUGCGCCUUCAACCCCAAGCGACCAUCUCUUGCCACGAACAGGGAACUACGCAACAAAUUCAGAUAUGCCGUCUUUGGCUUGGGUUCAAGCAUGUACCCUGAGUUUUGUGCCUUUGCUCGGUCCAUUAACCAACUCACGCAGCUUGGGGCAUCGCCAGUCACCGCAAUUGGUCAAGAGAUAAAACUCAAUGGACAAGAGGAAGCAUCAAGCUGGGCAUUGGCUACCUUCAAGGCUUCCUGUGGUUUUGAUAUCCGGGGAAAGCUGGGGAUCCUGUUGCCAAAAGCUUAUACAUCACUCCAUGACAUCCAUGGAAAAACGUUGUCUGAUGAAGCUCACACUCGGCAGAAUCUGCAACCUCCAAGUCCAGGAAGCCAGUAUCUCCGGAGAUCAUAUUGGGGCUUCCCGGCCAACCCGAAAGCUCUUGUUGACGACAUCAUCUCCCGGAUUGUAGAGCCGCCUAUGACCAAUGAGAUCAAACUGGAGACAUGUAGUGACUGUGGCUACUGGACCAGUGACAAGAAGUUUCCAGCCUGUACCCUCUCCCAAGCUUUGAUGCAUUUCCUGGACGUCACCACUCCUCCGUCCCAACGCUUUCUCCGAACGCUUUCCCAGCUUGCCAAAGACGAGCGAGAGAAAGAGAGGCUGGACCUCUUGUGUCACGAUUUGGAGGAGUACAACAAGUGGAAGUUUUACAAUAGCCCCACCAUCUUGGAAGUCUUGGAGGAGUUCCCCUCCAUCGAGGUCUCGACAUCUUUCUUGCUGUCCCAGCUUCCUUUGCUAAAGCCCAGGUAUUACUCCAUCAGUUCGUCACAGGAUUGGGAGCCCAGAGAGAUCCAUCUAACAGUCGCAAUGGUCACCUACAAGACUCGGGAUGGAAAAGGUCCAGUGCACCAGGGCAUAUGCAGCACAUGGCUGAACACUGUCGGCUUAAAAGAAAUGAUCCCUUGUUUCGUUUGCAGUGCGGACGGGUUUCGACUUCCAAAAGACCCCCAAAAGCCAUGCAUUUUGAUCGGCCCGGGUACAGGAGUCGCUCCGUUUCGAAGCUUCUGGCAACAACGUCUCUAUGACCUGGAAAUAAAAGGGAUCCAAGGGCGGGGAAUGAUACUCUUGUUUGGCUGCCGGCAUGCCAGCCUGGACCACCUCUACAAAGAAGAAAUGGAUGAGAUGCUUCAGAAAGGAAUCUUCCAAGACGUCUACACAGCAUACUCUAGAGAGCCUGGCCGUCCCAAAGUCUAUGUCCAAGAUCUUCUUCAGAAUGAUCUAGGAUCCAAAGUGUACCGACUCUUACACGAGGAAGGAGGUCACCUGUAUGUCUGCGGUGAUGUCCGCAUGGCCAGGGCAGUGGCCAAGACUGUGAAGGAGAUGUUCGCAAAGCACCUCAACUUGACCGAAGAGCAAGCAGAAGACUACUGCUUCCAGCUUAAGCGACGGAAGAGAUACCACGAAGACAUAUUUGGGGCAGUGUUUCCACAUGAGAAUCAAAGAGUCUCCGAAGAAAUAAGACCCAGACAAGAUGCAGGAAACUUGCCGUCUCAAGCCCAGCUAAAAAUUUAGCUGCGUUUUACUACACGUUUUCGCCUUUUUCCACCAUCGUCGGGGACCAAAUUUUGCUUCCUCUCCAAAAUUUGGAGGAGAAUAAGUAGCAUCUGGCUCAUAAAAUCCAGCCCCUUAAAAACACUACCAGUUAUUUUUUAAAGACAACACUACGUUUUGUUUUAUUUAAUUCUAUUUAUUCAGUUUGUUUGU